GGUUAUGUUUUGUUUACUAUUUAUCUUUAGUUUAAGAUGAGCAGAUUGAGGUGUUUUUGUUGCAUUUGCGCCCAAGAAUUCGAUGAUUUAAAAAGCUUGGAGUUUGCCGACUCAGAUAACGUAAAGUUAUCGGAAAAAUUAAAAAUUUGCGUACCUAACGAGAUCUGGAAAGAAAAUUACUCCAUUUGCGAAGUUUGUAUUAAACAACUGAGGGCGGCCUAUCAGUUUAUCAGGACCUGUAUAGAAAAUGAACUGUUUCGAAGAGAAAUACUAAGCGAAAUAGAUAAGCAAGGACCUGAAGAAAAUGCAUCUGAAGAACUGUUCAUUUGCAACAACUGCGGCAAAUGCUUUAAACAGAAGAAAUCUUUAACUUUACAUAUAAUAAGGAUACACACUCCGAAACCAGUGAAGAGACAUUCAAAAUACUUGAAACAAGAGUGUGAUAUAAAGGAUGAGGUUGCUUUAGAACAAGAUAUUGCAAAAGUUAAGGAGGAAUUUGGGAAUUACCAAGAAGACGCAUUGCUGAAAAAGGAAGACCUACAGAAAGACGAUUUUGAUCUGUUUUUGAAUGGCGAUAGUGAUACAGACGAUCUCUGCGAUAAUAAUUACUCAACAGGAUCUGAAGACAAUGAGCAAAGUUCUUCCGAACAAACAAAACAAUUGAAACGCGGCCCCAAAUUAAAACAAGCACUAAAGUGUGAGUUUUGUGAUGCCGUGUUUCAAAAAAGACAACUCUGGGAGUCUCAUGUUCGUUCUAAACAUACAUUCGAAAAGCCCUUUUCUUGUGAUCAGUGCGAGUGCCGGUACAUGAAUGCUUACAGUUUGCUAAUUCACAAGCGCAAACAUAACAAUGAGAAACCUUUUAUUUGUGCGUCUUGUGGUAAAAGUUUCGUCUCUUCCGCAGAUUUAAAUCAUCACAACAAAAUUCACAACGUCAACCGCGCCUAUCCUUGUCCCCAGUGCGACCGGAGUUUCAAAACUCACAGCAACUUACGAACUCAUAGGCUGCAGAUGCACUUGGACCCCAACGAUUGGAAAUUCCAGUGCACAUUGUGCGAAAAGAAGUUUCCCAUCAAAGGGAACCUUGUGAAACACAUCAAACGACAUACUGGUAUUAAGAAUUUCCCGUGUCACAUAUGCGACAAGAAGUUUAUUAACAAAGCUGAACUGAAUUUACACCUUCACACCCACACAAAUGAGCGUCUCUUCAAAUGCCACUUGUGUAAUAAGGAAUAUAAAAACCGCGAAGGCCUGAGGCGACACAUGAAGGUGGUCCACGAUUUGGGCAACUGGAAAGCUUCUGUGCCGGAGAAGAAAUACCUCUGCCCCAUGUGCCCAAAGAUAUUCGCGUUUAGCAAUAAACUGCAGAGGCAUAUGUUCACUCAUACAGGAGAGAAGCCUUACAAGUGUGAUUACUGUACGAAACGAUUCAUAGACAAUUACGCCAGAAAGGUUCACUUGAAAAAAGACCAUAACCUCGAAGUUUACAGCUGAAUUUCAAACGCAAACUCGUUUUUUUAAAACACAUUUAAUUUAUAAAUAAA